CGGCUCCAGCCCGGCCGCGCUCCGAGCCGAGGGGCUGCAUGGCGCGGCCAGCGCGGCUGUGUGGGCUGUGGGCGCUGCUGCUGUGUGCCACCGUGAGCCCAGGAGCCGUGGCCACAGAAGCUCAGCCACCUGUGACAAAUUUGAGUGUCUAUGUCGAAAACCUCUGCACAAUCAUAUGGACAUGGAGUCCUCCUGAGGGAGCCAACCCCAAUUGUAGUCUCAGAUAUCUUAGUCAUUUUGAUGACAAACAGGAUAAGAAAAUUGCUCCCAAAACCCAUCGUUCUGAGGAAGUACCACUAAAUGAAAAGAUCUGUCUGCAAGUGGCAUCCCAAUGCAGUGCCAAUGAGAGUGAGAAGCCUAGUGCUUUGACGACAAAGUGCAUCUCACCCCCUGAAGGUGAUCCUGAGUCUGCCGCUACUGAGCUCCAGUGCAUUUGGCACAACCUAAGCUAUAUGAAGUGUUCCUGGCUCCCUGGAAAGAACGCAAGCCCCGACACAAACUACACUCUUUACUACUGGUACAAGAGCCUGGGAAAAAUUCUUCAGUGUGAAAACAUCUAUAGAGAAGGUCAACGCAUUGGCUGUUCCUUUAAACUAACUAAAGUAGAUUCCAAUUUUGAACAGCACAGAAUUCAAAUAAUGGUCAAGGAUAAUGCUGGGAAAAUUAGGCCAUCCUACAAAAUAGUGUCUUUAACUUCCUAUGUGAAACCUGGUCCUCCACAUAUUAAACAUCUUUUCUUCAAAAAUGAUGCCUUAUUCGUGCAGUGGAAGAAUCCACAGAAUUUUAGUAGCAGAUGCUUAUCUUCUGAAGUAGAAGUCAAUAGCAGUCAGACUCAACUCCAGUCUCCUUUCUCCGUUGGAGAAGACAAAUGCCAGAAUUCAGGAUCUGAAAGAAACAUGGAGGGUACAAGUUGUUUCAUACUCCCUGGUGUUCUUCCUGACAAUGUCUACACAGUCAGAGUAAGAAUCAAAACAAACAAGUUAUGCUUUGAUGACAAUCACCUGUGGAGUAACUGGAGUGAAGCGCUGAGUAUAGGUAAGGAGCCGAACUCCACAUUCUACAUAACCAUGUUACUCAUCAUUCCAGUCAUCGUUGCAGGGGCAAUCACUGUCCUUCUUCUUUACCUGAAAAGGCUCAAGAUCAUUAUAUUUCCUCCAAUUCCUGAUCCUGGCAAGAUUUUUAAAGAAAUGUUUGGAGACCAGAAUGAUGACACCCUGCACUGGAAGAAGUGUGACCUCCAUGAGAAGCAGUCCAGAGAAGAAACGGAUUCUGUAGUGCUGAUAGAAAACCUGAAGAAAGUGUCUCAGUGAUGGGGAUAAUUGAUUGCUUUCUUUCUGUCAAUGUGACCCUGUGCAGAUUCAUUGCAUUCUCCACUUCUUAGCCGAGGACUUGUUAAAUAGAAACUGAAACUACUAGACCCUUGAAAAGCAGUCAGCUCUUAAGAGCCGCGGGUUUGGAUGUCAGUCUUGCACUGACAAAUCCAAACACAUGGAGCUCUUCAAGAAGAAAGCGGAGUCCUUCUUGUCCUUGUUGAAUCUUAAAAGCAGACAUCCUUUGCCAAGUCUCAGACUAGAGGACAAAGAAAAGGGGGCAAUGACCAUGGAUUCAUCUUAUUAAGAGUUGUGACGGCUGCCUAAGGAAUCUCUGCUCGCUCUGUAUUCUUUGUGUGGAAAAACAUCAAGAAAUUUUACUUGUGAGGAAACUCAUUUUGGGGCGUGUACACUAAUGCUGAACUUGAUUCCCAGAGAACAGUUAGCAAACAAAACUGAUACAAUCUGCUGCUUAUUGUUUGGGAACCCACUGAGUAAUGUUUGUGGCUAUUAAAAUGCACUAUCAUUAUCCACUUCAAUAGCAUUUUCCUCUGCUUUGAAAUUCCCAGAAAUCAUCUUGGCAAUGGUGAUAACAUGUACAAAAAAAGCAGAGGCAACUUCUCCACCAAGGCCAUUUUAUGUCAUUGCAGGGUGUUUUUUUAGGAUAGUGGAGGCAGAACGACCUAGUAUUAGAGUUGGAAUCAAGAAAUCUCUAAAGAUGUAUGCUCCCCUUAAUUUCUGCUACUCAAGUCAAGUAUUGACUAUGUAUCUAAAUUGUACUACACCUUCAAGUAUGAGGAGUGGGACCCCACUCCUGGGUUUACAUAAAGUUGGGACUCCACACUUCUUAGCACUUUCUGUAUCUCCAGACUUUUGAACUUCCGGUCUCCUGUUCUUAUUCCCUGCUCUGCCUGCUCCCUCAUCCUCUUUCAUGUAGCCUUUUGACUUGCAGUGGAACUGAGGAUACAACUUUGCUUAGACUGUCUAGUAGAGCAGGGGAUAAUUUUCAUCUCAGGUAAAAGAUGAGUAUUCUGAACAACCAUGACUAAUUCAUACAGAUUUUGCCACUUCCCUGUGAGCCUGCAAUUAUUUGAGGUUUUUGAGCAAUUGGUGUUUCUUUGUGUGUUCUCUAAUAGAGAUGAUGUCUUUUCUUCACUUAGAAUUUAGGCUCUAUUUGCUCAAGGGGAAAAAAAAAGAUUUGUGUCUGUUUUUCUUUGUUUGCAAAAUAGGCCUUGGGAUGGCUAUUUUCCAUGCUGUAAAUGGUUCUGUCCAUUCUUUGUUUUAUUGAGAGGGAGCCAAGUGGGACUCCAACUAUGUACUCAGUUUUUGCAUAUGUUAGGUUUCCAUUUUGUCCCAUUUCCACAAUAUAUGCAUAUAUAUAUUUCACCCCAUUCCGACUACUUCCUGCAAAUUUAAAACAUUGAGAGGUACCCCACUUCUCUUUCUUAUACCUACAGAUCACUAGCAAGGACUGAAGAACUUUAUAUAACAAAUUCUUCAGGCAUUUACCAGUUCAUAUUAAUAAAAUGAUGCUACUUGCAUCUCCUGUUUUUAAGCAGGGAAGAUAAGAGACCCCUGCUCUCCACAGGUUGGGACAAAGGGGAACCUUGCUUCCGUGGUAGUAAUGAUGGUAGAGGAGCACUGUGCCCUGGCAUUUCAGGAAAUGGGGGUCCAUGGUGUGACUGACGCACAGAUGUCUCCUCCUGGUGCUUUUAUUUUGGUUGUUAGAUUGCAGUUGGGCUCCAGGCAUCCUAGGUGUUCAGUUUCUCCUACUAGUCACUGGAAAGAAGACUUGGCUUGUUGUAGAAGAGGGAAAUCACUCCUUACACAGGUUUUCACAAAUCUGGGAAGGAAAGCACCUAAAUGCAUUGCACAGGGCCACUUUUACUGCUGGCCUAUUUUGAUGGUGAUGAAGAGGAUGCCUUGAAAUGCCCUGGAGACCACCCGUUACGAGACUUAUGCAGCAUGGGAACAAGAACAUCAUAUUUUACUUCCAUUCUCCUCUGCAAUAGCAGAGGGGAAAGAGGAUAGUACAUUAUAGGAAUUCCUUUGUUUUAAUGGACAAAAGUAAUCUCCAGGACUUAGGAACUCUUAAAGACAUCAGUACAUUGCUUAUCGGAAACUUGUAGGUUCGUUAUAUUAUUUUGACUAAGGUAUAUGGAUUGUUUUCACCUACACAUAUAAGUAAACCCAGUGUAAGGAGGACCAUUCCUUUUCUUUCAUUCAGAUAACCUUUUUCUGAAUCUGGGUGUUGAAGGGAUACAUGAAAUAAUGUUAAUGUUUUUAGUAAUGUCUGCUACUAGGAGUCUUUCUGUUUAACUUCUUAUAAGAAAGUAAAAUAAAUAUUGUCUUUUUGUAUGUCACCUAAAUGCUUUCUUUUG